AUGCAUUACUCCUUUAUCUUGCCUCUUGCCGCCGCUGCCAUGCAGCUCUUCGGCAUGACAACCGCUAGAGCCAUUUCUGGCGCCUCUACCCUCGAAGUCAGAAGCGAAGCCAACGCCCUUGUGGUUCGAUCCGAAGGCGCCAACAUCUUGGAUCAUGUUGUUCCAUUUCCCUUUGAGGACAACGAGGAGAAUGAGCGAGAGCUCGAGCGCGUCUUUGAUGCCAUUGUCAACGUUCCUGACAACGUACUCGAAGCCGGCCAGGACCGCGUCAAAGCCUGGGUUGCGGAAGUCCUCGACAAAAACAAAGACAAUGACAGCGGGAACGACAACGACAAGCGGACUGUUGACUUGGUUGAACGGCAGAGCUUGGCCUCAAUUCUGGCUUGUGCAUAUGAGCUCGGCAAGUGGGUUGUCGAGAACGUUGGGGCAGGCAAAUUCCGCAGAGUGAAGGAGUUGAUCUCUUUACUGGGCGGGGCUAGGCGGGUGGCUAAAUUGCUGCUCAGUGCCAAAGGCUGGAGAGAGGUCCGUGCUAUUGGAGGACCCUACUUGGUGGAGCUGGUAGAAAUACUCACAGGCGCUGGAGGGGUUGUCGAGGCUUGCUUUGGUUGGGUCUAA